CGCCAACCGUCCAAAAAGCGCGCGCUUCUGUUCUGUGCUUCUUCUCUCUUCUCUGUGUGUCCUCUCUCUCUCUCUCUGUUUGUUUGCACAUCCUCUGCUCUCCUCCUGCUCUCCUCUCUACUGUCCGCUGGCUGUUCCGACUGGCUGUCUUCUUUGUUCUGUUCUUCUUUGCUUGGGUUUGCUCGUCGGAGAAAGUGCGGGGAGUCUCCCUCGACGCAAGCAAGCAAGGAUGAUGGGGCUGGCGGCUGCGGUCGCACCGAGAGACACGGCGGCAGAGGCGCUGGCAAGGUCGUCAUCGUCGUCGUCCCUGUUCAUGGGCGAGGAGUCCAACGUGGCCAGCAACAUUGUGGCACCGGCCAUGCCGGGAAAUGGCGGUGGUGAGAGCCGAGAUGAGUACAUUGUGCGCCUCAAGAAGGAGCUCAAGAAGUGGGAGCACCGCUUCAAGGCCAAACACGGGCACAAGCCCACCCGCCAGGACAUCAAGAACGACCAGGCCAUCGCCGCCAAGUACAAGGCAUACCACAAGUUGAAGAAAGGUGCGAGUACAUCGGGAUCAGAAGACGCAUCGACUGUGCCAGGAUCAACAACACCGUCGUCAUCAUCAACGCAGGGCGGCAGGACAGCAGACAAGCACAGGUCUCAUCCAACGCAGGAUGAUCCGGGCGACGCGCAGCUGCGCAUGGAACUGCACCGCGCAGGCGUCAGCGGCAUGUUUGAGUACGGCAAGCGUGGCAUCCCCAUGCCACCGAUAACCAUGGCACGCGCCAUGAGCACUAGCGCCAUCCACAACAACGCUGGCAGUGGUACCACUGCCAGCACGCAGGCCGAGACGACGGGCAAGCCCAUCUUGAGUGCCAUCAUGGCGAGUGCGCGGUCGCGGUCGACAACGCCAACGCCAGCUGCAUCUGGGCGCACGUCGCGCUUCUCCCUCUCCCGCCGCCACUCCCGACGGUCCCUCGCAACAGCACCGGCACCAUCAUCGUCAUCGUCAUCAGCAGUCGUGGCGGCGACAGCGGCGGCGACUACGAGUGGCGGUAUGGUGGGUGCAAUGAGCCAAAGCCAUGCGCCACCAGCCCCACGUGCGCGCGUCCUGAGUGCCCCUGCACAUGUCGCCCGUGACAGCGGCACUGGUGAUCAUGGGAAUGGUGCGAGCAGUGGAAAUAACGGCUUGAGUGGAUUUGUGCCGUUCCGUGCAGAAGCGGAGCGCCUGGCAACGACUGCCACCACCACGACAACUCCUGUGAGCACGCAGGGCGCGUGCGAUGUGUUUGGCACUGCCGACGGUGAUCGCCAUACAUUGAUGGCCGUUGGCGGCAGUGGUAGCGAUGGUGUUGGUGUGCGUGGAGGAGAACACGUUUCGUUUGGUGGCGCCAACACGAUGCCACCCGCCCUCGACGUGACCACCUCCCUCUUCGCAGAAGAUACGACCACGCAGUUUCGCCUUUCGCGCCAAAAGUCGCGUGAACUCUUCAGCACCAGGUCUGGCCGGAGCGUGUUUGUUCCCCUCUCGCGUCGCUCGUCGCUGCGCACAAAAGCGGAUUUCCCGCUCUGUCGCGCCGUGUCGCAACAGGACAUCAACGUGGACCUGAAUGUGCUGAGUCAGCAGGGCGGGGCAGCGGACACGGGUGGCGAUUUGUUCCUGAGCGGCGGCGGGUUUGCCUCGCCGUCAUCUUCGCCCAUCAAGUCAAGGGGGCGUGUCCUGUCGGUGAUGCAACGCCGAGAUGAAGCCAGUCUGCCUGCAGGCAAACGCAACAUCAACAGCACGAACCUGUCAUACGAUGACCAUGCCUCUACCACUCCCGCCAGCACUGGUGGUGGUGGUGACAUCCUCGAUGCACGCGAUGUGUUGGCCGACCCGAAUCCGAUCCCAGCACACCCACCAGUCAUGAUUGCCAUGAAGCCGUCUGCCCCUCGUGGUGGUGAUGGCGAUGGUGAUGACGUGUUGCAGGUGUUGCCUGUGGAGAGGAGUGACAGUGCCACGGAGGGUCACGCGAAGGACAGCCAGACAUUUGAUGCAGAGAACGCUGCGCAACAGACCUCCUCCUCCUCCUCGCUCUUCUCAAAACGCUCAAAGCGCAAGAGUUCCAAGCCCAUUGCAGCAUGGGACCCACACUUCUUUCAACUUCGCGGCUUUGACGCAGAUCGUGCACCGACGCGCUCGUUGGAGCCCAAACUCAACUUCCGCAAACUCAACCUGAGGAAGAAGCAUUUCCGGAUCGGCGCAAAGGCCAAGUUUUCGCUCGCGCACAAGCGCAAGAACCACAAGAACCGGCGGAGCAACAACUCGUGCUUCCUCUGUGGUGAACAGGGCCAUUGGGCGAAUGCGUGUCCGAAUGCAAAGGACGUGCAGCGCUCGCUCGCGUCUUCCAUCGAUGACGGAUUCGAGGGGAAACUAAUGGUUGACGACGCAGACGACGACGUGUCACACGCACACACGCACACGAGCGCGAACUCAGCGCCAUCACAGCAGGGCGGUGAGUGCAGCGCAGAUGUUGGCAACGACAGCAGUUGUGAUGAUGGUGCUCCCGCUAUUGAGCCCAUGGGCGGCGUGAAUGCACAGCUGCAGCUGCAGCAGCAGCAGGAACACGACGGUGACGACAGCGGUGGUGAUGAUGAAGGUGGUGAUGAGCUGGAGCGCAAGCGGCCGCGGCGCAGCACAUCUGCACGAACGAAAACUUCAACGACGACAAGGACAACAUCGACAACAUCAACAACAACGACGACAAGGACAACGCGGGCAUUCAAGAGGAGGGCACCAUCAACCACAGCGACAACCACAACAGGUACAGCAACAACAGGCACAGAUGCAGCGAAAGAUGCAGUGAGCGGGAGUGUGUUUGACUUUCCGGCGUCCGAUGAUGAGUCCACGCCUGCCGCUCCACGCACACGCGCACGCACACGCACACGCGCUCGUGGUGGUGAUGCUAAUGGUGACGAUGAAGGGCCCGAAUCAACGAAGCGAAGCAAGCAGACGUCAACACGCUCCACAUCAUCAACCGCAACGGCAAAGAGAACGACAGCAACAGCAUCAACAACCGCGCCAUCAUCCGCGUCAUCGUCGUCAUCAUCCGCGUCAUCGUCGUCCACGUCAGCGAGUGGCCGCGCUUCACGCCAUCGCACCACAACUGCAAGUGGUGGAGGAAUUGCUCGUCGCGUCUCCCGCACCACCCGUGGUCGUGGUCGUGGUCGUGGUCGUGGUCGUGGUGGUCGUGGUGGGUCAUCGUAUCGUCGUCGUGGCUCCACCACUUCUUCGCGCAGUACUGGCCAGCGCCGUUGGAAGACGCGAACGUUUCAGGAUGUACAGUUGGAUGAGCUCAAACUCGCCGUCGAAAACGACACGCGCGAACCACUGCCGGACGACUGGGCGCUGGACGACAAUGACCUCUCGUCGCCGCUCAAGCAGGUGUGGGGCCACGAGGCGUUCCGUCCGGGUCAGGAGGAGGCGAUUCGACGCAUAAUUAAGCAGCAGUCGUCCCUGCUGGUGCAGGCGACGGGCAGCGGCAAGUCGCUGUGUUUCCAGAUGCCGGCGUAUCUGCUGGCACAGCGGUACCGCUCGUUUGUGCUCGUCAUCUCCCCGCUCCUCUCCCUCGUCGCAGACCAGAUCCGCAAUCUUCCGAAAGAAAUCAAGGGCGGAACGCUCAACUCGUCCAUGACGCGCGAGGAGAUGGCCAAGACGAAGCAAGCGCUGUGCAAUGGCGACAUUCACGUUCUCUUCGUCUCUCCAGAAACGCUCUGUAGCCACUGGUUCCACACGCUGUUGCGUCAUGAGAGCACACCGCGUAUCUCAUUCUGCUGCGUGGACGAGGCGCACUGCAUCUCAGAGUGGUCGCACAACUUCCGCCCGGCCUACCUGCGCAUCGCCGCCACUCUUCGUGAUGGCUUUCACGUCCGCACCGUCCUCGCCCUCACCGCAACCGCAACAGCCGUCACCAAGAUUUCGGUGCAGCGCCUCGUGCGCCAGCUCUCGCUUCUCGACGCAAACGAGCUCGAGGACAUGACGGCGAGUGUGGUUGAGUGCGUUGCGGGGACGGGUGCGAGUGGGCAGCAUCUGCUGCGGGCUGGAAACAGCGGCGCAACGUACAUUUCUGUUGAUCUCGGCACCACAUGCGAGGACCUCGACAUGAAGGAGUCCGUGCUGGUGACGAUGGUGUCCACGUGGCAGCAGCACUUUCCAGAGACCUUACAACUCCUGCCCCGCAUCGCCGCGCUGCUUGUGCUGAAUGUGCGCGAUUCGACAUUUGCGCGGCGCGAUCCGCUCCUCGCCGCCCUCAUCGCCGUCAGCAGACCCGCAGCAUCAAAGAAGAAGGGCGAGGUGGAGAUUGAUUGCGCUGGGCUGUGCUGCGUGGCGUCUGCACUCGCAACUCCGCCCACAGAUAUCAUCAAGUCCCUCUACACCAUGAAGUCAUCUGAGAAGGUGUACUUUGAGGAACACGGGCACGCGCUCGCGUUCUCGCGUACCCGCAGCGUCCAGCCAGCAGAGGUGGACGAGGUGUAUGCGCUGCUUGUGCGGCAGAUGCACGAGCUGGAGAUGUCUGCUUCCAGCAAACUCGAUGCCAUGGUCAGCAUGGUCAAGGAUGCAGCGGCCAUCACCCCGCAGUCCAUCGCAGAGGACGAGACGGUGCACGCUGCUCAGAGCCGCUUGUUGAAGGAGCGCCUGCACGAGUACUUUGAGCAGGAGGAGAUUGCGCUGCCCGCGUAUCCGCAGAACAUUCGCGUGUCCAACCUCGAAUACGGACAGCUGCGCCGAAUGCUCAGGGACUUUAUCACCACGCACCGCGACCGCCGCCUCACUGCGCGAGCGCUUGCGCGCAUGUGCCACGGCCUCUCGAGCCCCGCGUUCCCUGCCGUGGAGUGGGGCCGCACCCGACUCUGGCGCACGUUCUCCAACAUUGACUUUCACACGAUUCGCUGCGUCGCCCAACAAGAGCUCAUCGAGUACCGAUAA